CCCAUCUCUUCCUAUCCACUCUGGUCUCUCUUCCCUCUGCCGGCCUGCCUGCCUCGCCAAUCUUCAUCCAAAAAAGCAAAUAAACCUCAAGCUCACAAUGGCAGCCAGUUACAAGAAGACCUCGUACACGGUGAGGAGCUCUACGGCCCCGAGAAACUUCAGCAGCAGCUCCUACUCCGGAACGGGAGGGAUCCCCUCCCGCAGGAACUACAGCGUCAAGAGUUCCUACGGGGGUAGAAACACGGGUUUCGGCGGCAUCACCAGCUCCAGCAGCUACGGCCUUGGCUCCAGCAUGGGCGGCUCGGGCAUGGGCGGCUCGGGCAUGGGCUUCGGCGGUGGCAUGGGAAUUGGGCAGGUGCCCAUCACUGCCGUGACUGUGAACAAGAGUCUGCUGACCCCUCUCAACUUGUCCAUUGACCCCACCAUCCAGGCUGUCCGCACCCAGGAGAAGGAGCAGAUCAAGACCCUCAACAAUCGCUUUGCCUCUUUCAUUGACAAGGUGCGUUUCCUGGAGCAGCAGAACAAAAUGCUGGAGACCAAGUGGAACUUGCUGCAGGGUCAGACCACCACACGUUCCAACAUCGACGCCAUGUUCGAGGCCUACAUUGGCAACCUGCGCAGACAGCUCGACAGCCUGGGCAACGACAAGAUGAAGCUGGAGGCCGACCUGCACAACAUGCAGGGCUUGGUGGAAGACUUCAAGAACAAGUAUGAAGAUGAGAUCAACAAGCGUACAGAGUGUGAGAAUGACUUCGUCCUCAUCAAGAAGGAUGUUGAUGAGGCCUACAUGAAUAAGGUCGAGCUGGAGGCCAAGCUGGAAAGUUUGACAGAUGAGAUCAACUUCCUCAGGUCCAUCUAUGAGGAGGAGCUGCAUGAGCUCCAGAGCCAGAUCAAGGACACUUCAGUCGUUGUGGAGAUGGACAACAGCCGUAACCUUGACAUGGACUCUAUUGUAGCAGAGGUGAAGGCUCAGUACGAGGACAUCGCCAACCGUACCCGCGCUGAGGCAGAGUCAUGGUACAAGACCAAGUAUGAGGAGAUGCAGACGUCUGCGAACAGAUACGGAGAUGACCUGAGGGCUACCAGGACAGAGAUUGCCGACCUUAACCGCAUGAUCCAGAGGCUGACAUCUGAGAUUGAUGGAGUUAAGGGACAGCGCGCCAACCUGGAGGCUCAGAUCGCUGAGGCUGAAGAGCGCGGCGAGCUGGCGAUUAAGGACGCCAAGUCUCGCAUCAGAGAUUUGGAGGAGGCCCUGCAGAGAGCCAAGCAGGACAUGGCCCGCCAGAUCCGCGAGUACCAGGACCUGAUGAACGUUAAGCUGGCUCUGGACAUCGAGAUCGCCACCUACAGGAAGCUGCUGGAGGGCGAGGAGGACAGGCUGGCAAACGGCAUUAAGUCCAUCAACAUCUCCAAACAGAGCACAAGCUACGGCGGUAUGGACGCCCUGAAGAGCGGCUACUCCAGCAGCUACUCCAGCGGCGGCUACGGCAGCGGCAGCAGCUACGGCAGCGGUUACGGGAGCGGCAGCGGCUUCGGCGGCGGCUUCGGCAGCGGCGGCGGCUACGGCAGCGGCGGCAGCAGCGGCCUCAGCAGUGGAAGCGGCUACAGCACCCAGAGCAAAAAGAACGUGGUCAUCAAGAUGAUUGAGACCAAGGACGGCCGAGUGGUGUCUGAGUCCUCCGAGGUCAUCGAGGAUUGAGCUUGUGUAGUUUUGAGGAGACUCAGCUUGCACUGAACUCCCUUUGACCUUCUUUGGUAGUUUUUACACUUACAUUUCAACUCCCACCUAACUACUUUUUUUUGUAAUUAACAUCUCUGAAGCUUGCAGUCACUCUCCACUAGAGCCUUAAAUAACAAGCAAUAAAGUAUCCUCACUCUACCAAUUACCUGAAAGGGACCAAAGAAUCUAUUUUGUAUGUCUGAUACCUGAGUGUUGUCCCUGAAAGUGACGUUAAAGUGAAGGCAAAUCCAAAAUUUGAAUAUUCGCAAGAGCUAGUCCACUCACAAAAGGACUGCUCCCCCUCUGGUGAACAGUGUUGUUGUCGAAGGAAUGUGAACGUGCUGACGUGUCCAUGGUCUAACUAAUGUCUAUCAAAUACCUGCUACAGAAGAUAGUGCAUGUCUUCCCCGUGCGUGUCUUGUACCUGUGUGACAUUUCCAGGAGAGCGCCCACAUGAUAGUGUUGUCCCAAGGUGCUGUUUUUGCUACCACACCAAAUAAAAAUGUGUCUCAA